AUGCCGUUAUCACGAAGCCCUUCCCCAGCCCUGGGCGGAGGUGGCUGGUCGAGCCCCGGACUCCACACACCCAGCGGUCGAUCGAGUCCUGCCUCGGGUAUACUUGCAGCUCCCGAGAGCUGGAAGUCAGUGAGCGCCUCGACGCUGACCCCGCCCGUCUCGACGCUCCCCUACUACUUCAGGAGAUCCGAAAAGUUCGGCGGUGGUAAGAAGUUCGUUAUAGUGCUCGGCGCAAAUGUUGGUGGUGGAGUGAUGGACUGGAAGGGAGCCCGCGAGUGGGCUAUCGAACGUGACAGCAUUAGGAAUAAGAAGAAGUACGUUGCGAGGUGGGGUUACGAGCUCGAGAUUGUCGACAUGAGGAAGAGGAAGAAGUACGCCCACGAGUGGCGCGAGGGCUGGCAAAAGAUUGACUACCUGCGGGCGGCGAUGCGCAAGUAUCCCGAUGCCGAGUGGUUCUGGUGGCUCGAUCUUAACACCUACAUAAUGGAACCCACGUACACGCUUCAGGACCACAUCUUUAAGAACCUCGAAAAGAACGUUUACCGCGAUAUCAACGAAUAUAACCCCCUCAACAUCUCUCAUCCUUUUACCGAAAAAUAUUUGAGCGAAUCCGACCGAAGCCCAGUCGGCGACGGUAACCCUGACUCGAUCAACCUUCUCCUAGCUCAAGACUGUUCUGGCUUCAACCUCGGAUCCUUCAUGGUCCGCAGGAGUGAGUGGACGACACAGCUCUUAGACGUAUGGUGGGACCCCGUCUCAUACGAGCAGCGACACAUGUCUUGGGACCAUGCCGAGCAGGACGCCCUCGAAGAGCUGUACACGAAUCAGCCUUGGGUGAGGAAGCACACGGCCUUCUUACCGCAGCGCAAGAUCAACAGCUUUCCUCCCGGAGCUUGCGCCGACAACGGACCCAAUCCCCGAUGGCACUACGAUCAGAAGGAUCGCGAUUUUCUCGUUAACAUGGCAGGCUGCGAAUGGGGCCGAGAUUGCUGGGGCGAGAUAUACCAAUAUCGCGAGCUCAGCUACUACCUCAACAGGAAUCCUUGGGAGAGGUUCAAGGAGGAUCUUGUGGCUGUUAUCUGGUUUAAGAUUACAGGCCAAAAGGUCAAGUUAUAG